CAGUGCGUCGCAACUGGCAACUGGUUCAGUUGAGGUUUUCCAGCACACGAACCAGUUUACGGUACAAGUUCGCACUUCUUCUUCCGGCGGGUUUUUUUCCUUCUCUAGACAUCUGGCUACUACGUACUCGUGUACUUGUUGGACCUUGAUUUGGACCUCCAGAAGUUGAUUAUGACCAGUCAAACCGUUAUAACUAUUUGAGGCCCCAUCUGAUGACGUACUUGAUAUGCAACAAGACCUCUAGUAAUUUGGGAUUGUUAAAGUCAAAGGGCACAAAGAACAUGGAUAUGGCUUACUAACUUGAAAGAAUGAUUGAAAAGGAUUGUUGAAAGUAGCUUCAUUCUAAGACCUCACAAGUCAUGCUUCGCAAAAGUCCAAGCAUCAGCAAUUUAAAAAGAAUCAUCGCCUAUUUGUAUUGGAGAUCAGAAGAUGUCUAGUGGGCUUGGACUUGAGAAUCUUGUUGACCAAACAAUCUCAGUGAUCACAAAUGAUGGGCGAAAUAUAGUGGGAAUUCUGAAAGGUUUUGACCAGGCUACUAAUAUAAUUCUUGAUGAGUCUCAUGAACGGGUGUAUUCCACAAAGGAAGGUGUACAGCAACUUGUGUUGGGUCUCUACAUCAUCAGAGGAGACAACAUUAGCAUCGUUGGAGAACUAGACGAAGAGCUAGAUGCAAGCUUGGACUUGUCACUACUGAGAGCUCAUCCUCUGAAGCCAGUUAUACAUUGAUUUGUAACAUGUAGUGUCUAAAUAUUCUUUAGAUUCGAAGCUAGAAAAUACACCCAAAACGCAGGGGUUGGUGGGUGGGUGGGAUGAAAUGAAGAGAGUGAACAUUAUGAGAAAAAGAUCAUAUGAAUGGAGUUCUGCAGUUUGUAACUACUAACUAGCAUGUACCUUCUUGUAAGGAUUUGAACAUUCUUGCUUUGAUUUUGCAAACCCCUGUUCUAUAAUUUGUGUUU